AUGGUUGCUGGGAGGAAUGAUGAUGCCAUUGCUGAUGCAUUAAGGAUGUUGGCUGGAUCUUUUGGUCAAAUUCCUCAUGCGAAUGCUGGAAAUCGAAAUGGUGAUGAUGAUGAAUAUCGUGCUUUGAGGAAGUUCCAAAGGGACAAUCCUCCCAUCUUUGAGGGAGAGCAUGAACCAGAUAAAGCUCAAGCUUGGUUGAAGAGGUUUGAUGAGGAAGGUAUUCAGGUUUCUUGGGAUCUUUUCUGCAAUGCAUUUUUGGAAAACUAUUUUCCGGAAGAUUGUCAUGGAAAGAAAGAGGUGGAAUUCCUUGAGUUGGAGCAAGGAAAUGGUACCGUGGCGGAGUAUUCUGCUAGAUUUCAAGAGCUUAUCAAGGAGAGUGCUUCUCACUACAAGGCUAUGAAUGAGAAGAAAGUUCAAUAUCGUGGAAAACCAUAUGAUAAUAAGAAGAAAGCUGGUUUUGGCAGAAAGCCAAGUGGGGGAGGAUCUAGUGCUCCGAUCAAGUGCUUCAAAUGUAGUGUUGAGGGACAUCGUGCUGUUAAUUGUUCCAAAGUUGAAGUGACAUGUUUCAUGUGUGGCAAGAGUGGUCACAAGAUUGGUGUUAAGGAAGAUUUGUUUCUAUCUGCUAAGCAAGUUGAUGAAUCUGUGCAAGAUGGAGUGGAAUUGUUUAUGUUAUUGGCAAUCUUAGAUGUGCAUGAGAAGAGAACCAUUGAGGAAUUUCCAAUAGUUUGUGAUAUUGCGGAGAAAAUCGCAGGCCCUGCUAAGCAGAGCUGGUCUACUGAGCGGAGCUGCAAAAAUGGAAAGUUACUGCCUAGCUCCGCUGGUGGUCCGCUGAGCGGACCUUGUUGUAUGCAAAGUUUUCCAAACUUUGAAAUGUCAUAA